GGAAAAGGGAAGUCACUCUAAAUUUAUCCAGGAAGGAAUUUUUUGGAAAACAAAAUGACUUCAAUGACAGAUCUGAUAUUUGGUUUUCUUCUUUUGUCUUGUCACACAUUUGCAUUUAGUGUAAGAGAAUUACAGACCAGACUGGGUCAGGUACAAAAUGAGAGACUGCUUCAACAAUUAGACGAGAGACUGAUCAUCCAUGGUGGCAAGAAUGGAGAGUGUCAUGUUGUGGGAUACAAUGCUGGUUGCUGUCAACAUGUAGAACUAGAUGAAGUGAAUUUAAACAGUACAGUGUGUGUUAAUAUGAUAUAUUUACCAACAGAAUAUGGUAUUUCUCUCACUCUGACUAUUGAUGGAAAGGCCUUAAUCAAUGAAACAGUUUCUGCUAAGAAUCCUCCAGCAUUAUGCGCAGAACUACCAUACACCAAGAAAAUAGCCAGUAUGUGUCUGAAGUUCUUCAACCUUGACCUUUCUAACUCAACAUUUAGUGGAUGUGCCAAAAUCAUUAUAGAUCUGGCGUACAUUUCUAUAGCAGACUAUGAACUUGGCUGUUUUAAGAUUCCACCAAAAGGUCAAAGUUCAAAGAUCCGUACACAAAACCAGUGGCCAGGUUCAUUGAAAAAAUUAAAUCUGCAGCUAAGCACCCAUGACAACAUCAAUGAGAAUCCAUUAUUGACCUUUGUGAAGACCAAUCAGAUUGCAAUUGAGAAGAUCAAAUCAAUGUGGAUUAAAGACAAAGUUAACAGGAGAUUUACAUAAUUUACAAACAUUUUUGAAUUUAUCUAAUUAACUAAUACAGUGUUAUACUGUGGAUUGAUUAAUUUUCGUUGUAUCCCAAUUUUUUGUGGAUUUUGUGAGUACAAGUUUAACACAAAUUUAAAUGGUCAAUGAAUUGCAAAUUUUUCAUUGUUUUUAUACAGACCUUUGGCAAAACCACGAAAUUAAAUAUUUAUGAAAGUGUUAGUUUUCCUCCAUCCGCGAAAAUAAAUGGAUUCCUAGUGAUAGGAGGAAAAAUAAAAGGAGAUUUUACUAAAUAUGAUGUGAUGCUUUUUAUGAAAAUGUCAGAAAAUACAUGUUGCUUUAAAAAAGGCAAGAAUUA